GUCACUCCGCGACAACAGCAUAAACAACGAGCAGCUCUAUUUGUUGAAUACCGCAUUUAAUUAACAGAAUACAGAAAACAAUGGACAGCGUAAGAGAACUUAUACAGUUUUUACAGCCCAACCAACGUCUAGACUUAAAGGCUGUCGCCCUAACGCAUGUACUGAGUCUGACCGGCAGUGCCGAAGGCAAAGAUGCAAUACUCUCGCUUGAUGACUUGCUGAUGGCGAUUUUUGGGUUAACACUCGAUGCGAACGCCACAAUUGCAAAGGAUGCUGUGCUGUGUCUGAUAAAUCUAACGGCUGAGGAAGCAGGGGCCAUUAAAGUCUACGAAUUGACAAAAGAAGUGCAACCUAGCUUCGUCAUUGCGGAUGUUGCCGCCAAGAAGAUUAUCGACGAGCAAGCGGAAUUGGCCGAUGCCUGGAGCAUGGUGCUGAGCAAUUUGACGCGCGUCGAGUCUCUGGUGCAUGGUAUAUUGGAUACUUUAGAGCCCACGCUGUCACAGCUGGCCAAAGCCUUUGCCCAACUCGACUACAACAAGAAAAAGUCAAAACUGCAUUAUUUGGCACCCAUCUUCUGUAAUCUAACACAAGUACAGCGUGGCCGGGAAUUGUGUUGCCAGCCAAAGUAUCGACUGCUUGAGAAGCUGCUUCCAUUUGCAUCCUUUGAGGAGAGUGUUGUGCGACGUGGUGGUACCAUUGGCAUCAUUAAGAAUAUAUGCUUUGAUGCCGUAUACCAUGAUGUGAUAUUGAAUGAUCAGGAUGACAUAUUGGUGGCUAUACUGCAGCCGCUUUGUGGACCAGAGGAGUUCAGUGAUGAAGAGAAUGAGAAAUUGCCCAUUGAACUACAGUACUUGCCCGAAACUAAGACGAGAGAAACGGAUCCGGAUCUGCGUAAAAUGCUGCUAGAGUGUCUGCUGCAACUGUGUGCCACACGUCGUUGUCGCGAAGUGCUGCGCGCUAAAGGCGUCUAUGAAAUACUGCGCGAAUACCACAAAUGGGAAGCCAAGGUGGGACGUGAAAGCGAUUGUGUAUUGGCCUGCGAGAAUGUGGUGGAUAUUCUAAUCAAAAAAGAGGAAGAAAUUGGUUUGGACAACUACAAAAGUGUCGAAGUGCCUACUGAGCACACUGAAAAGUUUAUCCAGGAAGAUGCCGCCUAUGUUAAGACACUUUUAGAUUAAAAAUCCUAUCGUCUCCGCACUGUAAAUAUACGUAGUUUAAGUUGACCAGAGUAAACAACAUCGAUAUUCAGUAUAUGUAUGCAGUUUUUAUUCAGAAAUGUUUAUAGUUUUGUGAGUUGUUGUGUUGUGUUUGUUUAGCACUAAAAAAGAAUGUUGUACGCACGCAUUUAAAUGCAAAAGAAAGAGGUUUUAAUUCAAUUCGAUUAGUUUUAGUAGCUUCGUUUAUCUAGUUAUUCAGUUAUCCAUUUUGCGCUUAAUUGUAAAUAUAAACUUCUUAAGUGCUAAAUACAAAUGUUUAGCAAUUGCAAUUGCCAUGAAACUUUCAAUGUUUUAUACACUUUUUAUUUUUGCUUGGUCGUUCAUUGUAUGUAGUAUUUAUUUAAUUGUAUACUUACGAGUAAGUGAACUGUGUGUAUGUGUGUGUAUGCUGGAGAAUUUGAAUUCUGUAUAAAUCGGUUGCUAGCCAAUCAGGUGCUUUAGUAUGUAUGUUUAAACUUUUAACGGUUGCUUUUGAUUAAAUACUUGUUGUUUAAUUAUUAAUUUUUCUUUUUGUUUUGCAUUGCAAGCAAGCGAUUUCAGCAAAAUUUUGUUAUCUUAUCAAAAACGUGUGCAAACAUGGUUCACUUUUUUGUAUUUGGUUUUCAUUUCUUCUAUUUUUUUACAUAGUUAAUUUUAAUUUGAAUGCAGAAACCAUUGCAAGCUCGCUUCAUCUUCUUCUGAGAGAAAUGAUAACCAUAAUUAAGAACAGAAAGGCAGAUAUAAAAUGUACUAUUUGUAAUAAUAAUUAUCUCUUGAUAUGAUUAUUAUUAACAUUUUUUCUUUAUAAAACGCUAUUGUGUUUUUUGUUCUUCUAAGCUUUGCACAUAGAUUUAGCUUGGUCCUAUUGGUUUUUCAUUAUCAUAUGAGUGUGUAAAAUGUAGUUAGACUUUAUAAUUAAACUUUUAGGCUUAAUGUAACUUUCCAAGUUAAGAACUUAAUUUCGUUUUCAUUUUCGUAUUCGUUUUUUAAUUGCUAUUCCAUUAUUUACCUUCAAUUUGUUAACUUAGAACUGCUUUUCGUACUAAAUUCCUGCAUAA